CACAUACAAAUAGAACGCCACUAGAAUUCAUCGAGAAAAAAACAAAAUGGCGACACUUUUUUGCAGGAUUUAAUUAGAAAUUUGAUAUUUCCACGUGAAAAAUUAAACAUUUUGCUACUAUUUUGGUCACAAUUUAGCAAUUUAUUACCCACAAACAAUCCCCACUAAAUGGGGAAUAAUUUAAAAAGUUGUACCAACAUAAAUACCCAUUAAAUACCUAAUGCCCUCCGUGUAAAUCUUUAACAUUGGUUCAACCAGGUUAAUGGGAAAACAUGCGCAGGGCUUUUAUGCCGCCAUACAUACCGUAUCCCAUUUCUCCUCACAUCCACCGAUCCACUUAUGUAUAUAUACAUACAUAGGAAGGACAAUUGACUAUCACAAUCAUGCUUCAGACCAAUAGCAAUUGUGGUCAUUAAAAAUGCAAAAGCCAUUCGUGGUCAAAAGCUGGACAUUUUCUUCGACAUUGACAGUGAGGAAUCAGUUUUCAAUCGUAUAACAGCUCCUCUUAUUUGUGCCGCUUUCGUGGAAAAUUCACCUAUAAAAGUUGGGAAAUUCUUGGAAAAUUGUGAAAAAAAAUUUGUGAUCCCACAAGUGCACUAAACUCACAACAGUGGCUAUCGAUGGCAAAAUUCUGCGGAAUUUGACGGUUAUUUUGUGUUAUGCAAGAAGAGGAUAUUUUUUUGAAGAAGGAUUAACUCUAGUUACCCCUAUAAUAUAACAUAUGAAAUGGAUAAUGGGCAUUUGCUUGGAUACAGAAGCAAAUUCCGCCGCUCAGGAUGCCGAAGAUGUGGGUGCAGACUGGAAGGGCGGAGGUCGAAGACGAUCAACGAUGCUCCAUACACCGCUAAGUGGAAAUUUUCCAAUGCAAAAUGCAGGAAAAGUCAAAUUCGAUCCUCCAAAAGUGCCAGUUAUAUUUGUAUUAGGUGGUCCAGGUAGUGGCAAAGUAACCCACUGUGACACGCUAAUGCAAGAGAAACGUGGUGUGGUUCACAUAAACAUGAUGGACCUGCUGCAGCAAUACGCAAUUGGAAAUGAUAUGCAGGAUUUCUCGCAACUCUCAUCGAAAACAGUGACAGAAGUUCUAAUGUUAGAAAUGAAGAUGGCCCCCGCUGCAAAAGCCUACCUCGUGUCAGGUUUCCCGCGCUCAAUGAGGGAUGUUGUUGAGUAUUCAGAAAAGAUUCAGGUGGUAAAUGGCGUCGUUCUCAUAUCAUGGCGUCAGGCUGUGUUGCAAAAGCAAAUAGACUAUGGAGCAAAGCUGGGACAUGUGGUACUGUCGCUGGCAAAGAUGGAGUUGGAGAAUUUCUUCAAGAAUGUCAUGCCUGUGGCUGAUUACUUUGAUCAGAGUGAUCUCUUGUUGGCAGUCAAUGGUGAGAGAUCUCCAACUGAGGUUUACAAAGAUUUUCGUGAGGCUGUGUUGGAAAUUCUCGGGGCGCAGGAGAAUCAGGAGGCCCUUCUCAAUGGGAUUGCAGGUAUGGGGCGUGGCUCCAAUGAAAUUCCCGGCAGUAUAGUUAGCGUAGAAACAGCCCCUGGUCACAGUAAGGUCGUUACAGUGGACAACGCGACUUACGAACGUGACGACAAACCCCACCAGGAGGCUCUGACAGAACGUACACAGCGACUGGACAUCAUACCGCCAGUUAUAUUUAUUAUUGGUGGACCAGGAAGCAAUAAAGCAUCCCUAUGUGUUAAGGCGAUAGGAAUUAAUCCAGGAUGGGGUCACAUCAGUAUUGGACGCCUUUUUCGGUCAGUAGCUGAGUCAGAGGCAAAGCCUAAUACUGAAGCUUUUACUGUGAAGGAAGCAAUAGCAGGUGGUGAAUUGGUAUCCAAUACCAUAAUUGAGCGUCUCCUUCAAGAUAACUUUGUCAAGUUGAGGGACAAAAAGGGUAUUCUUGUAGAUGGAUACCCGAGAGAUCUUGAGCAGCUUAGCAGUUUUGAGGAAAAAUUCAAACAGAAUCCCCAGAUCAUUCUUCUAGACUGCUCAAAACUGCAGCUAGGACGGGGACGUCUUGAUGAUACUGUUAGCUCAUUUCGUCGUCGUUUGGAGCUAUUCCGUGAAAAGACACUGCCAAUGCUCAAACAAAUUGAUACCACAGGUCGUCUGACCAUUAUUGAUGGAGACACAGACAGUCCAUCUGUUGCACGUGAAUUCGAACGAAUUGUUCGGCAGCUAAUACAAACAAUUGAGGAGAAGACACGACAGGAGAAAUAUGUUGCUGGCACAACGACGACCGUGGGGCAGUUGUAUGGUGUAAGUCAGCGGAAUCAAAUCCAAAAUCACCCCCCAAUGGAUGAUUUCAACACAGCACCUGGUGUUGUUCCCACAAUUAGUGGCCAAAUGGAUGAUCAGCGCAAUAGACCACUCAAUGGGCACAUUCCGAAUGAGAAGCCAAACUUGAGGGCCAUGCUACGUGAUGCAAAUGAUUAUCCCCUAGAUUCACACAUUUAGAAUUUGUAUACUAAUCAAGAAAAAUAGGAUAGGCACACCCAGAGACUGUACUACACACCCCCUGUUAUCAAUGGCUUUAAUUUAAUAUUCUUCUUAAUUUCUGUUUGUAAACAUCAACGGUUAUUAUAUUCUAUGGCAGUAGAGAGAAUAAAAAUUAUGUAAUA